UCCCGCCCUCCUGCCGCCGCCUCAGCCCCAGCCCCAGCCCGCGCCUCGCCUGGCCGUGCCGUGCCGUGCCACACACCCACACCCGCCCGGCUCCGCAUCCCGCCGCCUCUUCUCCCAGCAUGGUCAUCAAGGUCUACAUCGCCUCCUCCUCCGGCUCCACGGCGAUUAAAAAGCAGCAGCAGGAUGUGUUAGGUUUCUUGGAAGCCAACAAAAUUGAAUUUGAGGAAAAGGACAUCGCCGCCAAUGAGGAGAAUCGGAAGUGGAUGCGCGAGAACGUCCCCGAAGACAGUCGGCCAGCGAGUGGGAACCCCCUGCCACCACGGCUCUUCAACGACAGCCGCUACCUCGGGGACUACGAAGCUUUCUUUGAAGCCCGAGAGAACAACGCCGUAUACGCCUUUUUGGGCUUGACUGCACCACCUGGUUCAAAGGAAGCUGAAGCACUGGCAAAGCAGCAAGCGUGAAUUUCAACUGCCUUAAACGUUCUGUAAAGGGAAUUUCCACAGCUUUUUAUAAAAUAGUCCAAUUGUCUCUGCUUCAAGAAACGUAGAUGUGAUUUCUAACAUUUGAUUGGUGCUUGCAGCAUUCACCGUGCAUAAUACAAAUUUGACCACACAGAUGAAAAUGUGAAGAUAAAGGUAGGGAGCACAGAGUGGAUAAUUACCGAGUUGGAAGCGUAGGAAACCGAAGCAAUUAGACCUGAAUGAUUUUUUUCACUUAGUUUAAACUGUCUUGGCAAUUCGUCCAUUUUGUGUAAACUUAAAGAAACUAUUUUAGUACUAAUAAUACAGAUGGGGUUAUACCUAGAGAUCCAACUAUUUAAAAUAUGGGAAACAGCAGCUAAAAACCUUGUCAGAUACUAAUUUUAGUGCCUGAGUUGCCUCAAAAAAAUGUUACUGAAUUACACAGUAAUUUUUCAGUGUCUUUUCUGGUUUCAGAUGAAAUUGUAGGUGGUAUCGUGUAGUAUAGCCAUUGUAGUCAGUUUGGAAAGUUGUGUUUGUUCUUUUGUAGAAUGAAUAUUUAAGAUUUGUAUUGUAACACGCUGUACAGAUGAUGAAAAAAAAAAAUAAUGCCAUGUAUUUCUCAUUGAAGUGAUCCGUGUGGGCUCUUUUGACACACACAAAAAAAAAAGGGAUUUGGGCCAUGGACAGCCCUUCCAUUGGCAAGUUCAUCACGCGGCUGCCUCAGCACCACUCGGGUCCCUCUUCCUGCACGAGUGAAGGAUGUGCUCAUUCCCAGGCAAUGUUGCAAAUAAGCCAAAACGGCCAGAAAUGGCAUUUCCUUACCUGUGUAAGGGUGAAAAGCCUUUAAUGUAUUUCUCUACAAAAAUACCAGUUCACACUGCUUAGAGCAUUAGGCUUCUUACUGCAUGUUCAAGUAGCCAUUAGAUUCAUAUAGUAUUUUUUCAAAUGAGGAAAUAAAUGUUUGAAUAGCAAGACUUAUUGUAAUUAAGCAAGACUUUUUUUUUUUAAGGUUUAAAAACUUUUUUUUUCCAUUGUUACUGCCAUAUCCUGAAGCUAUUACAGGAAUUGCAAAUGUGUUAAAAGUGUCUCAUAUUGGUGAAUUUACCAUGUGCAAUAUUAACCUGUCUGUUCUCCCAGCGCUCGUGAGAUGGUCUCUAUUUCUUGGCCAUGUUCUGCAAGAAAUACAAAUAAUUACAAGGGCUCUGAAGGAUAAAAAACAGGUUUAAGAAGCGUGGGGGUGAUUUUAAAAAAUGUAUUUUGUACCACAUAGUGUACUUAUUGCCCAAAAGCAUCAAAAGACGGUAAGAAGGAUAAUUAGAGGAUAAUUCUAAUAGCUCUGCACAGACACAUUUUGAUUUUCUUCGCUUUAUGACGACGGAGAAGCAGGUGGUGCGGAUCAGCAAAAGGCUGCAGCUUAUCAGUGCCACACGGUUAUUUUACUCUGAUGCUGUAAAACCUGUGCAGGGCUUUUAAAAUUCUUUCUGAAACAGAUUACAGUUCAUCGUUUUGAAGUCUGAAAUCGGGAAGAGGAUGAAAGUAAAAACUUAGGUUUACCAAGACGUUCUAAAGUGCGGUAAUUAAAUACUUCCCUCACCAGCUUUUCUUGGGGGGCUUUCGUUCCGUUCACUGCAAAACCCAUGAUUUUGUCAGCUUCUGUUUAAAAGAGAAAUGCAGGUACCUGCUGGGGUGGGAGAGCAGCUCGUGAGGAACCUUCCUCAGCUGAGCCAGCAGGAUCCAGCACGGAGACGAGUGACUUAAAAUGACAUUUAAUUGGUGUUUUCUGAUUUGGGAGCCUGGGAGUCAGUUUGAAGCUUGUCCUUACAAAAGCAGGCGCGGUAUUGAAAAGCGUAGGGAUAGAUUAAUGUUGCCUUACCUUCCACAUUAACACAUGCUAAUUGUGCUUUUUCAUUAACGAGCUGUGUCAGUAAUUACUGAAAUUUGGUGACAUGUACUUUUAAGUUCUUUUGGGGAUGGAAGUUAGGUUAUGUUUUAAAUGCAGCAUCUGAUUUUUGUUGCUCACUAUUAUUUCCUCUUGCUGAACCCAGGUGAUUUUUCUUUCUUAAUAUUGGCAUAACCUUCCUCUGUGUCCAGUGCUCAAGUUUUUGAGAAAAUACCUGAGAAUAUUAAGUGCAGUCUUGUGAAGGAAGUGGAAUUUGACACACAAGUCACUACGCUCAUGCCAAUUUGCUGCGUUUCCUGUGUAAGGAAAGCAUGGUGUAAGCGUUGUGAAUUACAGUCAUUAUUUUAAAGAAGCUGUAAUUGAAAGUCGCUGCCAAAUUCUGUCAGUUCAGCGACCCAAAACCUUCUGGAAUGAGGUCAGUCUCUGUUUCUGACGGUCAAGAAAAACUGGCCAAGUUUAAGAAAGCAAAGUCCCUUCCCUCGUCUUGUCCCUUGCCAUAUGGGAGCGGUCAGACUGUAUCAGCAUUCCUGAGGCAGCUCUGUUGAAAUACACUGAAUUAUUUCUUUGUCCGGGGAACAAGGCACCGACACAAACUGAAACGUACCCAAAAUAUCUCUUUCUUGUGCGACUGCGUGAAAAAACGUGCAUUCAUUUUGGUGCAGAUACCUUGCAUGGAUUUAGGAGCGUGAGGAAUGUCUUGCCUACGUGCUGGUUUUCUGUUUCCCAUUCCUGUGUUAAUGAUGGGCACAAGAACUGAAUUUGUUCAUUCCUGUAUUAUUAUUUUUUUCCUGUGUCGAAGGCAGGCAUCGAGGAUUUAACCUGUGCAUUAACCAUUCCUGUAUCAUUCCAAUAAAGUGGUUUUAGGAGGCUUUCUCACA